ACUCCCACCUGGAACAUCCAACCAGAUUCACAGGACAGACUCACAGAACAGCGCCACAGACUCAGCCACAUUACCACAGGAGCAUUUCAUGAAAUAUCUCGGCUCCCCACCAUGAUCUACAUGCAGAAGGGAUGUCUCCUUGUCUUAAUAUUCACAGUUGCUGGUGUGGUGUACAGAUGCUGGGAUUUGGACAGUUAUUAUUACUUCCAAAGCUACAUCUUUGGAAUAUCCCAGGUGAAAAAUGAUUCUGGUACAGAUGUUUCUGAUCCUGCAACACCAGACACCAAAGCCGGUAUUAUGUUUGUGGAGUCGACUGACAAUGUAGAGCCGACGCCGUUGAUGGUAUGCUCAGUGGAGUCUGCUGCUCGUCUAAACCCAGACAAACCAGUCUACUACUUCAUGAAGGGGUUCAGUGGCAACUUGAGUCAGUAUCCACAGCCUGAGUACAGAGGCAUCCCUUUGCUCUCCUCAAUGAAGAAUGUUGUCAUUCUACCCUUAAAUCCCACUGGACUGUUUGAAGACACUCCAUUGAAAGGCUGGUAUCAAAAGAUAAAUCCAGAAAAGGAGAGGUAUUGGAUCCACGUAUUUGCCGAUGGCUGCAGGGAGCCGGUGGUUUGUGCAUGAAUGGGAGUUGUGGAACAGUUAAGAUAAAGCACGGCUGAUGCACUGACAAGGAGCAAAGUCCAACAUUAGGCGUGAACGCAUGAGGAACUCUGAAGGAAAUUGAAACACAAGAGAGACCGCAGAUGCUGGAAUAUUGAAUUUUCCAAUAUCAGGUAAAUCCAGAAAAGGAGAGGUAUUGGAUCCACGUACUUGCUGAUGGCUGCAGGUUAGCAUUGCUCUGGAAAUAUGGGGGCAUCUACCUGGAUACUGACAUAGUAUCAUUGAGGUCUAUUCCGUUUGAUAACUUUACAUGUCGAGAGAGCACAGGAUCUGUCAGCAAUGGGGCAAUGGGUUUUCAUCACAAACACCAUCCUUUUUUGUGGAAUUGCAUGGAAGAUUUUGUGGCCCAUUAUAUUGGAGAUCUUUGGUGUCAACAAGGUCCUUGAUUGAUUGCCUGUGUGUUGAAGAAAUGGUGCUACAUUGAUUACCCAGGGGUCUUCAUUGGCAAGGAAUGAAAUGGCAUCUCUUUAUGGAUCACAAAACGGUUUUACCCUGUCCCAUUUUCAGCUUGGGAAAAGUAUUAUGCUCACUGGGAAAAGGAGGAUAUAGAGCGGGCCUUCUCAGCUACGUAUGGAGCUCAUGUCUGGAAUUACGUGAAUUCUGGCAAGGAAAAAAAAGUUGUUGCUGAAAGUGGAUCAUUAAUUGAAUAUUUUUUCCAGUUGCA